GGCGGUGCGCGCUGCAGAGUUUGAGACCUGGCGCAGCAGCUCCUAGCUCUGUGAUCUUGAGUGAGAGCUUGCGAUGAUGGCAGUGUACUUUUUGUUGAAUACUUGUUGUACCGUACUGGAAUAAUUAGAAAUGAUCUCUUCAGCUCUGUGCAAAUUUACAACCGCACCCCAAUAAGAUACGUUGUCAUGUUCCUGCUAGGAAUCGUCAUUGUGAUUGUACCACAUUUUGCUUCUCAGGCAGCUCCAAAUGUCAACAAUGCGGUUGGAUGGAUACACUCGUGGUUUAUGGCCUGCUCAGCGCACAUAAGAGAGUCUCUGAGAGCGAUGCUUGCAUCCGGUUCUGAGUGUUGCUAUUACACGGAUGAUCACUCGUACAGCGCUGAGGUCUUGAGAGACAAUCUUGAAUUAGCAUGCAAGUUUCUAUAAGGACAAAUCUGUGAAAUGCCAAUGUUUCUUAGGGGUCCACAGAAUAUGUCAUUUAAGCAUGCCUAGAUGAUUUGGUAUGACCAGGAGUGUCCGGUGCUCUCUAAUUUGCUUGCAUUUAAGUUUGCUUGUGCACAUCAAUUUGAACGCACUUGUCCCUCUAAGUUCAUCAUGCGCAGAGCACUGCAUGUAGAUGUCUUGAGUAGCAAAGGCCAUAGCAUAGGACCUGACGUUGCACUGGUGGUCACAUCUACUUGAGCCUGCCAAAACAAAGUUGUGUCGUGUACAACUGUAAUUCCUGGAAUUACC